ACAAGCACCUGUGAUCGACAAUUGUCCUUCGAAUGUAAGGACCAACAACGCUAUGGUAACCUGGACACCAGAUCCAACAGCUACUGACGAUGAUGGGACAACUCCUGAAGUAACCUGCAUUCCAGCCGCUGGCAGAACAUUUCCAGUCGAUGACACAACAAAUGUUGUUUGUAACGCGAGUGAUGCUGCUGGAAAUGAGGCCAUCUGCACUUUUAAUGUAACUGUAGAUCAACAAGCACCUGUGAUCGACAAUUGUCCUUCGAAUGUAAGGACCAACAACGCUAUGGUAACCUGGACACCAGAUCCUACAGCUACUGACGAUGAUGGUACCACUCCUGAAGUAAUCUGCUUUCCAGCCGCUGGUAGUUCAUUUCCAGUCGAUGAGACAACAAAUGUUGUUUGUAACGCGAGUGAUGCUGCUGGAAAUGAGGCCAUCUGCACUUUUAAUGUAACUGUAGACCAACAAGCACCUGUGAUCGACAAUUGUCCUUCGAAUGUAAGGACCAACAACGCUAUGGUAACCUGGACACCAGAUCCAACAGCUACUGACGAUGAUGGGACAACUCCUGAAGUAACCUGCAUUCCAGCCGCUGGCAGUUCAUUUCCAGUCGAUGAGACAACAAAUGUUAUUUGUAACGCGAGUGAUGCUGCUGGAAAUGAGGUCAUCUGCACUUUCAAUGUUACUGUAGAUCAACAAGCACCUGUGAUCGACAAUUGUCCUUCGAAUGUAAGGACCAACAACGCUAUGGUAACCUGGACACCAGAACCAACAGCUACUGACGAUGAUGGGACAACUCCUGAAGUAAUCUGUAUUCCAGCCGCUGGCAGUUCAUUUCCAGUCGAUGAGACAACAAAUGUUGUUUGUAACGCGAGUGAUGCUGCUGGAAAUGAGGCCAUCUGCACUUUUAAUGUAACUGUAGAUCAACAAGCACCUGUGAUCGACAAUUGUCCUUCGAAUGUAAGGACCAACAACGCUAUGGUAACCUGGAUACCAGAUCCAACAGCUUCUGACGAUGAUGGGACAACUCCUGAAAUCCAACAGCUACUGACGAUGAUGGGACAACUCCUGAAGUAA